ACGAGUAUCAAGAAGUUGGUCGAGUAGGGGAAAUUCAGUGUAAAGGAAAUGGUCGACAUAAUAAAAAUGGACCGGAUUAUGCUGAGGCUGUGGCACUACGUGGAGUUCGAGUAUGAGGAAAUGGAUAAGCGGGAGUGGAAUGUCAAUUCCACGUUCUUCAGGUCCAGGCGGCAAUUGUUGGAAGAGUUCAAGGACAAAGGUCUCGACGACAAGCUUUGGAACGAGAGCAGGAAYUUUUUCACGGACACCGCGUACGUCAACAAGUGCCCUCAGUUUCUCGGGUGUCAACACGACAACAACAUCAAGAAAACGGUGGCCCUCGUUAACGACCAGCAUUUCCCGGCGGAGUGGAAACGUGUCGUCCUUUCGGUGAUCACUGGAGAUCGAGCCCAAAGCAAAAAAGGCCCUCGAGGCAUUGAUGAAUGCAUCAACAUUUUGUGGACGAAGACAAGCGCCUUGAUGACGCUGGCCCAGUUUACCGUCGACCCAUUGCGUGCCAUAGAUCAUAAGGAGGCGYUGGGAAAACUAGGGCAUCAGCURCGCUCCCACACUUGCGUGCUCGACUUGUGYGGAAMUGUGGACCGGRCGCGCURGGACUCUGGGRCAUUCGCGUCUCURAGUGAGUUCCUKGGCUUCGUUUGYCAGGACUACUGRACAUUGGUGGUAUUCGUUCCCUGCCUGUGGAACCUCUCCUUCAUGACAUCUUUGUCUGGGCUUGGGGCUACCCGAUGCUACACGGGGAAGUGGGUGCGGAAGACGGCAUCGAAGAAGACGCAUCUGUUCGGAAACAGCGUCUGGGAGGAGCYGGAUGUAAUGCACAUCMUUUUCAAAGGYGAGGAUCYGCGRCUACUGACUCACCCGGUGUACGAGGGAGCUGUUGCCGAAGACGAUGYCGCCGCUCUCCRRRGGAAAYAKWRASUGACACCUACGGAUGUGGAGGAGAAGUCUUUCAAGUCCUUSACUUUCGCGGACUUUGGKAACCUCAGCCAGAGRGGGGCUGUGUACAAGGAAGGCGAGCGGAAUCCUAAUYAGUUAUGCAAUCARSUUCUUUUCUUCURUGGURUGGCGGAUGCUGUGCUGUUCUUCGGCAAGCCGCACGCGCAGGUGGUGUGGAGUCUGCUUCAACAGGGAAGGCACGUUCUGGUCGUGGAUGGGGACAUAACACAACUUGAAUACACCGUGCAGUUUGUUACCCAUGAAGUCUCGCCCGGGGCUUACGCAUGCGAUUUCCACCAUGUCGUCGUCGAUCCCGUUUAUGACCCGAACAAGAACAUCUUCUUGAAGUUGACUCUGAAGAAAAGGCGUCAGGUCUACUCCUUUCUUUUCGGCCAACAACCAAGGUUGAGAUUUGACCAGCAGUACGUGGUGCGAAAGGAAGUCGCCAUUGCAGUCCUCCACGGCUACCAAGAAGCGAGUCGCGCCGGCGCGGUGAGCUUCAUUAAGAGGCUGGAACAUGUAUUUCUUAACGAGGAUGUGGUCGAUCCAGCCGACUUCACUUUGGAUAACUACAGGCUGGCAUUUGGUGAGGACGAUGACUUCAAUAUCGAGACUGAGCAGGAGGAGAGCGUUGAGGACGACCUCUUCGAUUUGGACGACCAAUUGGCCAUCUUCAACGCCCAAGUUUCUGAGUUGCCCUCAGUAUGCAAACCCGGGACACCUCUCGCUACACCCACCUCAGGCAGUCCCACACCCGUGUCCUCCUCAGCGCCUGUCAAGAGGGUGGUUGUGAGGGAUCUAAGUGGAGGGUGGGUAUAUGACGAUCAUUGGGACCUCAAGACAUUCAAAUCUCAAGCCUACGAUGUGGUAUUGGAGAGAUUAAGUGAGGUCAAUGGACGACGUAAGGACGACCCUGCUCUGCGCGCAUACGGGGACACGCUGAUCGAUUUCUUCCAGUCAAAUAAAUGGUUGGAAGUAUCCUCCGCGUUCUACAACCUUCCGUCAAGCCCGUCAAUUAAUCAAGUAAGUUGGGAGUUGCCUGCGACCACCCCACCGGCUGGAGUUGUGAAGCGCAAGUCUCGCGGAAAGGACGACGAAGGGGACGGUCAGGGCGGCGGCCAACGCGGAACCGGAGGGGGGAGUGAACAGCGCUCGACGAAACAGCGGUCUCCGGGGCACGAGGGCGGCGAAAAGGGGAAAAAGGGCAGCCGAGAUAAGAAAAAGCCUCGCAACGGAGAGAAGACAAAGCAUCACAGAGGAGACGGGCAGGGGUCUGAUGUCGACCGCGACGACGAUGGUGGGGUUCUGGCGGUAAUAGGCAGCACCUCAAUGGAGACGGGGAACGACUUCAGGCCUGGGUGGAUUACGCGGCCUAGCGAGCAUGACCCUGUGAUUAGCUACACCAGCGAAACACAGUUUAUCGAUGCGGUUGGCGGGGCAUUUGUUGCAAAGGAUGGAACUUGCUUCGCUCAGCUCCAAAAACGAUUGGCGGAUUAUCUCGGAUCAAUCCGAACCACAGAGACGACGUCGUUGUCCAGAACUCAGUGCCUUGCGGGAAGCAGGACGACAACAUACCACGGGUCCGACAGCGACAAGCUGGAACCAUGUUCCUGUAAGGACGCCGUAAUGCUGUGCAUGGAAGUCCACAAGGAGCUGCAGGCAGACUGUCCGACUGAGGUCUUAAGCGACUCUCCGGUGAAAGCAGACACGUCGGCGCCAUUGGAAACUGCGGGGGCUCGGAUGAAUCCGAACCACGGCCCUGUGAGCAUGUCCCUCCAUGAUGCAACUUUGGAGACGACCAUGAUUCAGAUGUAUUCGAGACACACGGACGCAGGACUUGAACUGGCAAGCGUUGAGGGUUGUGGACAUGUGACGACUUUAGACAAGGCGAACAGGUCCUCGCCGACACAUUCCGCCGCCGACCGGAUUGAUUCAACACUCAGCGACGUGAGCAUGCCCCGCGAUACUUCAGGACAUGAGAUGCGGGUCGUCGGGUUGGAGCAACGAGUUGAGCCGGGAUACGACGACCCCUUGUACUCCGGCCUUCAUGACGAGGCGAUGGGAGAGGACGUUCUGAAGAAGGCCUCUGACGCUGUUGGAGAUAGAUUUCCUCGAGAUGGAAGAGCAGUCCUUGAAGACGUUAUCUGCUCCCGGUUGCCACUCACUAUCAUCGUCGCGCGUUUGCCGUCGCACAAUUUACAGGUAUCUGUCAAGGACAUCGUCGCACUCGUGGAUGGAUCCGGGGAGCUCAACGAUGAGGUUGUCAAUUUCUACAUGGCGAUACUACCGGACGACUAUGGCCGGACUGCCGCUACCAUGAAGACGUACACCUUUAACUCUUUCUUCGCCUCUACACUCCUUCUACGAGGUCCGGCAGUUGUUAGCAGAUGGGCUAAAGAUGUCGACGUCCUGUCUCAUGACCUCGUCUUGGCACCAGUGCAUAAGGACGGCGAACACUGGAGCCUUUUGGCCAUUGACUUUUCUAGACGUGUUUUGGAAAUCUAUGAUUCUUUCUCGUGUUCGUCAUCCAAAGAUGACUUUUAUUCCGCACUUUUACAUAAAACUAUUAAUUUUUUUAACAGGGUGGCAGGUGUCGCCGGUGAUGGUCGCACUUUCGACCACUUCGCGCGCGAGGUCCGUAUGAAAGGUGUCCCUCGGCAGCACGAAGGGGUUAGUUGUGGGGUGUUCAUGUUGAUGUUCGCUUCCUGUUUGGCGAGAGGUUUACGUCCACCUUUUGGUUUCUCCCAUAGACAUAUCUCCUCUAUCAGAGUUAGACUAGCUUUGGCGAUUUGCAAUAUUGGUAGGUAAGCGUCUAUCUAUUUGUUGAUCAUGUAGUGUCGAAGGGUUGACGUAGAAGAACAUUUCGUUCUUCUCUGAAUGAAAUUUAUUCUUUUUC